GUUUAUUAAACUUCACGGAUAGUCUAAUUGAAAUUAAAAUUACAGCAAUUAUUAUUCAGAUUUCUAGACUUUAUAUUCAUCAGCUUUCUCUUUUUCGAUUUGGAAUGAUUCUGUAGACUGUAGAAAGAAAAAAAAACGGACUGGAAGAAAAAAUGUCGAAGGUUGCAAUGGAAUCUAGCUCCCGAAUUAACACAACGGGAUCAAAAUACACGGUAGCCACUGGCACAGGCGCCGUUCCAUCCACCUCCACUUCGAAGCGGAGUCGCAAGGCGGCGCUUGGAGGAGAUGAAUUCAUGGCAGCGGCAAUCGGAGAUACAGCCUGGCUGAGGCAGACACUCAAGGAAGGGAAAAACCCAGCAAAUUUUGACAAAAAUGGUUUGUCUGCUAUUCACCUGGCAGCUCUACAUGGCAGAAUGGAAUGCCUGAAACUUCUGGUAGAGAAGUAUCACGUGAGUGUGAACCUGGCCAGUUCUACGGGCUGGAGACCGAUCCAUCUCUGUAUCAACAGCAGGACUGGAAAGAGAGCUCUGGAAUGCCUGCAGUAUCUCCUGGAUGCGGGCGCUGAUCCAUCUGCCCCUAAUGAAGAUUUGAUGACCCCCACCCAUCAAGCUGCUAUUGAAGGAAGUGUGAAGUGCAUGGCAGCUCUUCUUGCUGGAGGCGGGGAUAUCAGUACACCUGAUUGCAAUGGCCAUCUACCUCUAGACUAUGCUAAAAUCUGGGGACAUAGAAAAUGUGCAAGAAUACUUGCCUCAGAGACUUGGAAGAGAGAGAAGGAGGCCGAGUUGACCAAGGUGACUGAAUUGCAACAGCUGAAGAAUCUCAAGGAUGCUGUAGAUGGUUGGGAAGAGCAGGACCAACAGGCUUACAAGAACAUUCAAUCUGAAGCGUCAUUCUCUGAAUGGAUGGACAAGAAAGGCAUAUCAGACAAACAAUCACCACGUCUUGUCUCACAUAAAAAGGAGUCUGCGACACUCGGAGCCAUGGCCAAUCAGCUUUACCAGGCUAACAGUCCUCGCAAAGCAAAUGUUCCCUCAGUCAAGCUACAGGCCGUCACUGAGAAGACCACAGGGAAAGGAAAGGCUGCGGGUUCCAAGGGAAAGACGCAAACCAAGUCAGCAGCAGCGCCUGCAAAGAGCCCCGGUGCAGAGCGUGUCGCACCCAGGGAGAGGUUAUGUAAAGGAAAGACAAAGCCAAAGCUAGAACCAGUACCAAAGGUCAAAGUCCCCAUCCUUCAAAUCACCGGUGAGCAAAAUGAAGACAAAGUCAACCUCUACAUGCAACCUGUGCCUGACCUAUCGCAAGAGGUCAUCGACAGAAUCCUCUUGGAGAAGCUCUCGCCCCACGAACGCCCUCUUUCCUUCAAGUGCAAGAACAUUAUCGAUGCUCAGCACAGGCGUCUCUACGACAGCAGUGUGAAACCUCUUGAAGAGGUCUAUGCACAUCUAUCCAAUGAUAAAUCAUCAACAUUGUUUCCAGGAGUGAGCAAUGGUGGGUCUUCCGCCGCAUCCACAAGGACAAGUAGUACCUCAAGCAAGGACAGUUUUGAUAACCAAAGAAUUGCAGAUGCCUUAAAACACAUAGCCAAACCUUACAAAUUUCCUCAGAUGCAAGGAGAAGACUUUACAUAUGGUUUUGAAGUGUUAUGAUGCUUAUUCAUUUGUUGAAUUACUGUUAUAUAUCACCGUACUCAGACAGAUAAGAAGUUCAAGAUAAAAUGCUAACAUGUUUUGAACUUAAAAGUCAUCUGAAAUACAUUUUCUCAGCUGGAGGAUUGGGUAAAGUGGGAAUGGGAAUAUUCUUCUUUUUUUUCCUUCAAAACUGUUGGAUCCAUCUAUACUUGUGAAAUUUAAACCAUUCACCCUCACUUCUUUUCAAGACGACAUACCUGUGUUCAUAUGUUCAAAUGUAAAUAACAGAAAAGUUGGAUACUGCUGUAUUAUCUCCAUGCUUUCUUCACAACCCCACAAUGCCUAAUUUGGAUCAGAAUGUGAAAUAUUGAAGAAAAAAAGGAAAUAUUUUUAAAAAAAUGCCAUGUCUUUCUGAGGAUAAUUGGUUAGAUUUUAAACUGAGGGUUCGUUUGUGGGUAACUCCAUGUAUCUUGGCAGUUUUUGUAUAGAAACGAAAUGUUGGUCCUACUUGAUUAUCUUGCCAUUUAGGAUAGAAUUUUACUAAAUCUUUCUUCUUUAUUGUAGUAUUUCACAUGCUUUGAUCAUAUUAUACAUGUGCACCUGAGAAGUGUGGCCAAGUUGAAUACUGUUAUCAAUUCAUGCUUCAUGUAAAAGAAACUUAUUUCUUGUUCUUUUCUACAGAUGCUCUUUGUUCCAAUGUACACACAGAAUAAAACAAAAUGCCAAAUCAUU